AUAUUUAAAUGCGCUCGGACCGUCACGCCAUAGAACAACCUGUUCAUCGACAGCCAACACAAAAGCAGAGAUUUGCAGCUAAACAGCGACUGUAUUAUUAGUUUAGAAAUUACAUUUCAGCCUUAAGUCUAGUGUAGGACACCGAUACAAUGAAUAAACUCAGUCCGGUCAGUAACCUUGUCAAGUUUAUCUCGAAGUCGUCUGAUAAUGGGACAGCGAACGGGAAACAGAUGUGCAUGGACGACUGCAGACCUCUUUGUCGCUGCGGGUCGGAUCCUUGCAUUUGUGGUUUCUCACAAAACAGCAAAGACGGACUCAAGGAAAAUAAGAAGAAUAAAGGUCCACAUGAGGCCUGGACCCCUCAGCAACAUGCUUUUGAUAAUCUUGGUUUUGAGCCAGGGGGCCCCAAUGAAUUGAAGACCAGUUUGGGUCACCUCGCCCGGGUUCAGAUGGAAGAGAUGGUGAUGGAGGAGAGUGAGGUGAAGAUCAGGGUGCAAGGAAUGACCUGUCAGACAUGUGUCCAGUCUGUUGAAGAACGGCUUAGAACUCUUCAAGGGGUUCUAAGUGUCCAGGUGUCUUUGAGCAAUAAAGAAACCUCUGUGAGGUUUCACCCUGCAAAGGUAACACAUGAGGUUUUGAGAAGACACAUAGAGGACAUGGGGUUUGAUGCCUCAAUUCUGGUAUUGCCUACUCAACUACAACCUGCUGCAACUGGGAUUCGUGCUGCACCCAUCUCCGCUGAUUGGUCUGAGGUGACUUUAGGUGUAGAAGGGAUGCGUUGUGGGUCUUGUGUCAAGAACAUAACUGAGACCUUGUCAGGAAUAUUAGGUGUCAACUCUGUAUUUGUGUCAUUGGAAAAAGGAAGUGUGGACCUUAGAUUUGACCCAUCUCAGUUAACCUUGGAGACAGUUAAAGGUUUGUUGGAGGAGAUUCCACCUGGGAAUUUUAGGGUUUCCAUACCUGGUUGGAACUCAGAAUCCAGAUCGAAUUCUUUGGUCAGGAUUUCAUCACAACGCGUCACCAUCGAAAUAGAAGGGAUGACAUGCAUCUCUUGUGUUCAAGCCAUAGAGGAAAUGGUGUCCCAGAGAGCUGGGGUACGUUCCAUAAAGGUUUACUUACAGGAAAAGAAGGGAAUUGUAACAUUUGACUCCAGCUUGACUUGUCCAGAAGAACUGAAGGCAGCAAUCGAGGACAUGGGAUUUGAAGCGUGGAUAGAACCAGACUCUGCCAUUUGUGAAGGUUCAUCAAGCAUUCAGAGGUCUAGUGGUUUGAAACACCUGCCCCCAAAAAGCUGUAUCCAGACAUCUAGGUCUUCACCAAGUUUCAUCAACAAAGACAACCCCAGUGGUUCUGAGGAAAGAGAGACACAGAAAAUUUUUGUUCAGGUGACAGGGAUGACCUGUGCAUCCUGUGUGGCCAACAUUGAGAGAAACCUGUUGAAACAUGAAGGUAUUAAAUCAGUAUUGGUUGCCCUGAUGGCUGGUAAGGCAGAGGUGAGAUAUGAUCGAGAGCUUUUGGACCCAGCUCGGAUUGUCCAGCUAAUCUCUGCUCUGGGGUUUGGCGCUUCAGUGAUGGAGCUGAACACAUUCUUGGAUGGCGUCCUGGAUCUCUCUGUCACUGGUAUGACAUGUGCUUCCUGUGUCCAUAACAUCGAAAGCAAACUUUUGAGGACAAAGGGAAUUUUGGAAGCCUCUGUUGCCUUGGCAACAAACAAAGCUCAUGUGAAGUUUAACCCUGAUUUGGUGGGCUCUCGAGACAUUGUCAGAAUUAUUGAGGGCUUGGGUUUUGGAGUGUCUUUGAUAAAGAAUGAGGGAUUUGGGAAGAACACUUUAGACCAUCAUGAGGAGAUUCGGCAAUGGAAGCACUCAUUUCUGUUCAGUCUGGUGUUUGGAAUCCCAGUAAUGGGUCUAAUGAUCUACAUGAUGGUGAUGGACAGUCAACACAAGGAACACGGUGGUUCCAUGCCUGUAGACCAAAACAUCCUACCUGGUCUCUCUACACUUAACUUGGCCUUCUUCCUGCUUUGCACACCAGUUCAGUUUCUAGGUGGCCGUUACUUUUACAUUCAAGCGUACCGUUCGCUAAGACAUGGUGUAGCCAACAUGGACGUCCUCAUCGUCUUGGCAACCACCAUCGCAUAUGUAUAUUCCUGCAUAGUGCUGAUCGUUGCCAUGAUUGAAGGAGCUAAACAGAGCCCGCUCACAUUUUUUGAUACACCUCCGAUGCUUUUUGUGUUCAUCGCUCUGGGACGCUGGCUGGAGCAUGUAGCUAAGUGUAAAACUUCUGAGGCUCUGGCAAAACUCAUGUCUCUACAGGCAACGGAUGCCACUAUAGUGUACCUGGGUCCGGACAACACUAUCAUCAGCGAGGAGCAGGUGUCUGUGGAGUUGGUGCAGAGGGGUGACGUGGUGAAGGUGGCACCGGGAGGAAAGUUUCCUGUUGAUGGGAAGGUGAUCGAGGGCACAUCUAUGGCAGACGAGUCCCUAAUCACUGGGGAGCCAAUGCCAGUCAUAAAGAAACCAGGCAGCUGUGUGAUAGCAGGUUCUAUUAAUGCUCAUGGAGCUCUACUGGUAAAAGCCACACAUGUAGGGGCAGAGACCACGCUCAGUCAGAUAGUUAAACUAGUGGAAGAGGCCCAGACAUCAAAGGCGCCGAUUCAGCAGUUGGCUGACAAACUGAGCAGCUAUUUUGUUCCAUUUAUAGUUGUCGUCUCGGCGCUUGUAGCGGUGCUAUGGCUCAUCAUUGGCUUUAUGGACUUCAACAUAGUGGCACAAUAUUUUCCUGAUUACGACCAAAACAUCUCCCGGACAGAUGUGAUUGUCCGGUUUGCCUUCCAGGCCUCCAUCACGGUUCUGUCCAUUGCAUGCCCCUGCUCUCUGGGUCUGGCAACACCGACUGCUGUUAUGGUGGGCACAGGGGUGGGUGCCCAGAAUGGCAUUCUUAUAAAGGGUGGAGAACCUCUGGAAAUGGCCCACAAGGCAAGGGCUGUUAUGUUUGAUAAGACAGGCACCAUCACUAACGGGGUGCCGCAGGUGACACGUGUACUGGUAUUGUGGGACCGAGCAAGGCUUCCUCUCCGGAAGGUUCUGGCUGUGGUGGGCACCGCUGAGGCCAGCAGUGAACAUCCGUUGGGCAUUGCUGUCGCCAAGUAUUGCAAAGAGGAGUUAGGAACAGAAAGCCUUGGGCACUGCUAUGACUUCCAGGCAGUUCCUGGCUGUGGAAUAAGUUGUAAAGUCUCCAACAUUGAGGAUCUGCUACAGAACAGUCCAAAGAAUCAAGCAAUUCCCACAGCAAAACCCACACCACUUCUGCUCAACCUCCAAGGAGCCACCACAGAUGAGAGCAGCCUGUUGGCAGACACAGAUGCAGGGCCAGACAGCCCCUCAUACUCUGUUUUGAUUGGGAACAGACAGUGGAUGAUGAGGAAUGGUUUGGAGGUCACUGCUGAUGUGGAUGAUGCCAUGAGCAGCCAUGAGACUAAAGGCCAGACAGCCAUACUUGUGGCUAUUGACGGAGUUCUGUGUUCUAUGUUAGCUGUGGCAGACACAGUGAAGGCAGAGUCAGCUCUAGCUGUUCGUACCCUAAGCAGUAUGGGAAUAGAGGUCUUCAUGAUCACAGGAGACAACAGACGCACAGCCCGAGCCAUUGCCACACAGGUGGGCAUCAGGAAGGUGUUUGCUGAGGUCUUGCCCUCUCAUAAAGUGGCAAAGGUUCAAGAAUUGCAGGAAAGAGGUCUUAAAGUUGCAAUGGUAGGUGACGGGGUCAACGACUCGCCUGCUCUUGCCCAUGCUGAUCUAGGCAUCGCCAUUGGAACAGGCACUGAUGUUGCCAUAGAGGCAGCAGAUAUUGUCCUUAUAAGAAAUGAUUUGCUGGAUGUGGUGGCCAGUAUUGAGCUGUCUAAAAAGACUGUGCAGAGAAUCCGGAUUAACUUUGUGUUUGCUCUCAUUUACAACUUGCUUGGCAUCCCUAUUGCUGCAGGUGUGUUUAUGCCUGCUGGACUGGUGCUGCAGCCCUGGAUGGGUUCUGCUGCGAUGGCAGCUUCAUCUGUCUCUGUUGUGCUCUCCUCUCUACUGCUGAGACUCUACAAGAAGACAACAGUAGAAGAGUAUGAGUUAAGAGCUCAGGGUCAUAAACUCAGUCUGAGUCCAUCUCAGGUCAGCACCCACAUAGGACUGGAGUACCGUCGCUGCAGCCCUCUUUCAUUCAGCAGAGACAGACACAGGUGGAGCAGAUCUGGCUCAGGCUCCUCCUCCCUGAACCUAAACUCCUCCCAACUCUCCACAACACAACCAUACAGCCCAUCACACUACUCUCGACUAGAGCCCGAUGUGACAGGACGAAGCUUCAUCCUGUAGAAAAAUUAACCGGGAGUAUGUCAUAGGGUCAGAUAAACUUUCAGAGUACUUAGUAUGCUCUGUGUCUAGAAACUGCCAUCACUUGUCCUUAUUUUAUUACAUUUUAUAUUAUAGUCUUCAGCAGGGGGCACUGCAGGGGGUUUUACAAUUGUUUGAACUUAAACUAUUUAUCAUGCAUUAAACAAAAACACAAUAUUAAAGUGAUAGUGUAUGACUUUCUUUCUUCUGCUGAACACAAACAACGAAUUUUAUAAGAAUAUCUCAGCUCUGUUGGUCCAUACAAUGCAAGUGAAUGGUGACCAGACCUUUGAAGCUCUAAAAAUGACAUAAAGGCCAAGUAAUCCUUAUGACUCCAGUGGUAACAUCCAUAUCUUCAAAAGUGAUAUGAUAAGUGUGGGUGGAGAAACAGAUCAAUAUUUAAGUCCUUUUUUACUGUAAAUCUCUAUUUUCACUUUCACAUUUAAUAAGACAUUUCUUCUUUUGUUUUUGGCAGUUCACAUUCUUUGUGCAUAUCACCACGUACUGGGCAGGGCAGAUAAUUUAUAGUAAC